AUGACCGAUUUUGGUCGUCGCUCCGCCAUGCAGUCCGUGGUCGAGCCCAACAAUGGUCGCUCCAACAUCCCACUACCGUCUACCAUCAAGAAACCAACACCCCACGGGCGUAUGUCUAUGGCGGGCCCAGCACUAAGAGGCCCAAUGCCACAGGUUCCGGGAACGAAUCCGCGACUUUCCAUGAUGCGCUCGCAGAACCUCAACCCGCUCUUGCAAAGCGCGAGUAAGCCCGGUUUUGGUAGGACACCAAUGCACAACAAUACACGCAGGGGCUCCAUGUGGGCAGGAGGAGCUCAAAUUGGUCCCCUCCCAGGCGGCCAAGGAUCCGCAAAGGACACCCGCCCUCUGCGCGAUAAACAGUUCCAAGCUAGAAUGCGCCAAGACAUCGUCACAUGGUUGCUCAGCAAUGGAUACGAUGUGCCACCACAGAUCCUGCAGAACGUCAGCAACAAGGACUUUCGCAGCGUGUUUGAGCGUCUUGUAACUCUGCUGGACUCAUCGUGGCCGUUUGAGUUGGAUCGUCGACUCGAAGAGCAAUUUCUGCAGCCGCUAAGGGCUCUCCGAUACCCAUAUGUUGGUCAAAUUGACCUUAAAUGGAUCGUUACACCAGCAACGCCACACUCAUGGCCACAUUUGUUGGGUGUGUUGCAUUGGUUAGCGGAGACGGGCAGGAUGCGCAUGCACUACGUGGACAGCGACGAUGUGACAUUACAGAAUUCAUCAGUAGUACCGGAACAGUUCGACGAUAUCAACCACCAUGAAGCGCUUGCGAUGGACCACUACAUAGCCUCUUAUGCGGUGUUCCUUGAGGGUAAAGAUGCCUUUCCGGAGCAGGAGAGGAUCCUCGAAGAACGCUAUGGCAAGUUAGUCAAAGACGGACAAGUUGUCGCAGAGUUAGAUGAGAGUAAAGAGCAGUCCAUGCAAGUCCAGAAUGAGUUGGAGAUGCUCACUGAGUCACCUGCACCUAUCGAGAAAUUAAAAGAGGACUUCGCUCGCAUCAAGCGCGACAAGGCAAAGUUCGAGGAGAUUCUGCGGCGAUGUGAACAUCAGAAGGAGAAACGGAUAAAGUUCUUGGAAAGAGAGACGGCCGAGCUCGCCAAUGCCGUCUCAAGUUUGGAGAAGUUGCAGGCGGAAAAACAGAGGCUCGCCGACGUUGUCAAGGUUCAGAACCUGACGCCUGAGGAGGUUAUUCGGAUGAACACUGAACAUGAGACACUUUCUCGUGAUGUGGAGACUCUCAAGCACAAGAUCGCGGAGACAAACCAGGCCGUCGUGAAGCUCGAGGUGUCAUUGACGCGAAAAGUAUCCGACGCAGAGGAGGCUCUGGACCUGUACAACAAUCUACUUUCCAACCUCGGACUGUUUCCCCCUCUCCCUCCACCGCUGGAAGAGAUCGAUCUCACGCUCGAUCUCAACUCGGCGGCAGCGAAUCCCCAGAAUCUCCUCUCGGGACCUGACAUCAGAGUGGUCGUGAAGCCAACGUUGAGCAAGGUAGCGGAGAUAAAAAGAACAGAGCGAGCUCUGGUGGAGAGUGAGCGGAUCAAGGUAGAUGACGAGUUGGACCAGCUGACACUGGAAUGCGAAAACAUGGACGAGGAAGUCAUGGAGAUCAGCAACAAAGUCAACGGGCUCAGCGAUCAGGCGGAUGAAUUACGCGAGGUGGCCCAGCAAGAAGCGCUGGUGAGUAAUGCGGAGGCUUCUCGCCUAGAAAGGGACUUGGCGCAGGCAAGAACAUCUGCCAUGGCCAAUGGAGUAGGAGUGAAGUCUCGAAUGCAGGCAUUACAGAUUGCAUAUCGAGAGCAAGUAGACAAGGUGAACCGACUGAAAGAUGAGACCAUGCGGGCCAUCAUCAAGAACAGCAGCGAUAUCUUCAUGUUCAAGGAAGAGGUGUCCAAGCAGCUGAAACACCUGCGGGAUGUCGCCGAGGCGAAUUGA